UUUUUUUUUUAACCCGGAAACCGCUGCUGCCGGAGCCGGAGAAGAGUCCGUGUAGCGGCGGCGCGGGCCGGGCUGGGGUCUGAGCCUUGCGUGGACCCGGCGGAGCCGGACGUCGCCCCGGCGCGGCGGGGAGGAUGGUGCCGAACGGCCCCGGGCCCGCCGCGCGCCGCGGGGAGUGAACUCUGAGCUGCCGCGGGCGUCCGCCUAGCACUGGCCCGGCCGGGCCCGGGGCGCGCCGCAGCCCGCCGGGGCGGGUGAAGCUGAUCAGAAUAAUGUUCAACAUCAACCCCCUGGAGAAUCUGAAGCUGUAUAUCAGCAGUCGGCCUCCCCUGGUGGUCUUUAUGAUCAGUGUAAGCGCCAUGGCAAUAGCUUUCCUCACCCUGGGCUACUUCUUCAAAAUCAAGGAGAUUAAGUCACCGGAAAUGACAGAGGAUUGGAAUACGUUUCUCCUGCGUUUUAAUGAUUUGGACUUUUGUGUAUCAGAGAAUGAAACAUUAAAGCAUCUCACAAAUGACACCACAGCUCCGGAGAGCACAAUGACCAGCGGGCAGUCUAGAGUGUCCACCCAGUCCCCACAGGCCCUGGAGGAUUCAGGCCCAGUUAACAUCUCAGUUGCAAUCACCCUAACUCUGGACCCACUUAAACCUUUUGGAGGAUACUCUCGCAAUGUCACGCAUCUGUACUCAACCAUUUUAGGGCAUCAGAUUGGACUUUCAGGCAGGGAAGCCCACGAGGAGAUAAACAUUACCUUUACCUUGCCUACAUCUUGGAGCUCAGAUGACUGUGCCCUUCAUGGUCACUGUGAGCAGGUGGUGUUCACAGCCUGCAUGACUCUCACAGCCAACCCUGGUGUGUUCCCCGUCACCGUACAGCCACCCCACUGUGUGCCUGACACCUACAGCAAUGCCACGCUCUGGUACAAGAUCUUCACAACCGCCAGAGAUGCCAACACAAAAUAUGCUCAAGAUUACAACCCUUUCUGGUGUUACAAGGGAGCCAUUGGAAAAGUCUAUCAUGCUUUAAAUCCCAAACUCACAGUCAUUGUUCCAGAUGAUGACCGUUCAUUAAUAAAUUUGCAUCUCAUGCACACCAGUUACUUCCUCUUCGUGAUGGUGAUAACAAUGUUUUGCUAUGCUGUUAUCAAAGGCAGACCCAGCAAAUUGCGUCAGAGCAAUCCGGAAUUUUGUCCUGAGAAGGUGGCUUUGGCUGAUGCCUAAUCGCACAACUGCCCAUUUUCUGAGAAGGGUUGAGAGAACCAUAAUCAUUGCCUGCUGAACCCAGCCUGGGCCUGGACACUCUGUGAAUACAUUAUCUUGCAAUGUUGGGUUAUUCCAGCCAAAGACAUUUCAAGUGCCUGUAACUGAUUUGUAUAUAUUUAUAAAAAUCUAUUCAGAAAUUGGUUCAAUGAUGCACGUGCUUUGCACUAGGUGCAGCCAGAACCCUUCAGCCUCACCCGUGCACUUGGGAGGAUGAUUGUGCAUCGUGCCAGAGAGGUGACUGUGCUCCGUUGGAGCAGGCCACGUUGCCUUUCCAGGAGCAUUUCAUUGCUGGUGGGGUUGAGGUUUGCUUUGGUUUUUGUUUCAGCCCAAUAUGUACAGAAUGUUCAAAACAGUCUGCACCUUUGAUAUGAUACUGCAUUUUCCAAAGCCACCGGUCCAUUUUGUGGAUUUUAUGCGUCUGUGGCUCAAUAAUCAUAGUAAACAACAGUACUACUUUUUCCUGUUUUGCUUGCAAGGAAACAUACCUAUCUAAGUUGGUUUUUUUUUUUUUCCUUUUGAAGAAAAAAUAGUCACAUUUUAAUACUACUCUAGUUAGGACAGACUUGUGCUUUUAUCAAACUGAGUAAAAAGUUAAGUAUUUAAAAGUCACCUACAUGGUAAAGAUCUAAGUUUCAUUUUCCACAUGGGUGGUGAGGAACCUGGUCUUGAUUGAGUUGGCACAGAAUAUCCCACUGUCUUUUCUCCUCUGUUGUCCAUUCUAAAAGUUAAAGCCGCUUCCUCACUCAAAAGGGCUUACACUUGAAAUGGCUCUAGUGUAAAAAUUGGCUGAUUUGUGUUCCGGAAUGCAGAUGGAAAGUGAAAGAUGAUUUGGUGUGUUAUGAAAGGGUUACUUGUUUCUUUGAAGAGGGAGGGAAUCUUCUGUGUAUGCACUUCUUUUUAUGCAGUUAACAUCUUCAGAAGAAAAAUGGCAGCUAGUAGAUCAGCAGCAUUAGGAAAGCUGAGCCUGUGAAAUUUGAAGGCAAGCAAUUUGAUUUGCCAUUUAUCAGGAAAACCAAUAACAUUUUUCUUUCUUAUACCAUUUUGGUCAUCUAGUUUACUUAGCCCCUUUUUUCCCUGAUCUUUUUAAAAAAAAUUACACAUGAUCUUUUCUAGGCAUUGUUUUCUUAAUAGAUUUUUGCCUUAGUAAGUCAUUGUCAUUAGUGACUUCUGUGUUCUCCCCAGCAUUGUUAAUAGCAGAAGGACAAGUAAAACCUUGGACAUUCCUGUCAGUACUUCUUUCCCAUAGCUGUAGGCUACAAAAUUAGAAUCAGUCCUGCUGUCUGAAAUAUAUUAGCUUAGAACAUUUUAUCCCAGGCAUUCUUCAGUGAAAAAUAUUUGUGGACUUUUACUGAAGGUUGUUGAAAUAAUCAUACAGUAACUUGAUAUGUUACUAUUCCUUUUUUCCUUUUCAUACAUGUCAAGCGCAAUAAUUAUGCUUGUUUCUACCCAGUUUUUUGAUGCAUGGCUAAUCUGUUAAUUGAGUUUUAUAAGACUCUUACAUGAUUGAGAAAGCCAUUGACUUGGCCUUUAGAAACAACAACAUCAUGAAGACCAACAGAUUUUAGGUAAAGCUGCUACUGAUAUAAUAAAAUCCCAAUAAGUAUAGUUAUAGGGCUAGAUUUAUAACUGGCAGAAUAAUAUAGAAGGAGAAAGACAGAUGGAAAAAGUCAAAUUCACUGGUUUGUGUAAUCUAACGUGUUUAUAAUACUCAUUGCCCUUGUUUGAAUUACAGGGAAUGGCUGGACUCUGUAGCCAGGGGAGGAAGCACACUGGUAGGCAUGAGGAAAGGAAUGCCAAAAAUGCCUGGACAAUACUGACUUGUCAUGAGGCCAGGACAUACACAUUAAAAUUCACCCUUUACCGUAGCAGGUAAUCCUCACAGAUCUCACAGAAACCUAGUCAGCUGGUGUUUAAGGAAGGCUGGAGAAGCAGAGAAGUCACAGGCCCUGGGUUAAGAGGUCUAGUAACUGAAAAGACUUCAGGAAUUCCAGAGGAGUUGUUAUGUUAUUAUCUGGGCACCUGUGGUCAGGCCUGAGACCCCACUGUAUCUGGCUGGGGGAACCUCAGAAGAGUGUCACAGAGAGGGCCUGUUUGCCAUUCACGGGUGACCCCGCACAGAAGCACUGACUUGUCCGUCCUCAGGCAUCUUGGACUGGAGGUCCAGUAAAAGGUCAGCAACUUAUUAUUAAAUGGUUGUUUCAGAUCAUAUUGAUCUCUUUCCUUUUUCCUUUUGUCCUUUCACUGUAUGACUUGAAUCAGUUUUGAUUCUAUUUGUAAGUUUUUCUCAUCACUAGGAAUCUGCCACUUCUGUUGCAUUUUCUUUGGCAGUGUGUAGGGAUUCAGCAUCCUGGUUUUUCAACCCUCCUGCAGGCACUGUGGGCUAAUGAGGGCCAGUGGAUCCAUUUCACUUAUCUUGCUGCAUGAUGGUCAGUAGCUGAUCUGUUACGGCAUUCACUCCCAGAUUAAUUUUCCGUGUUUGAAAUAUGUGCAUAUGUGCUUUACAGAAUAAAACAUCUGAAUUUA